CGAGGAAAAAAAUGGUUCAGUGGCUUCAAAAUGUUGGGUCUACGUUUUGCCGUCAUUUUCUCUGUAUUCAUAAUUCAGAGAGUUGCAAGCCAAUGCUGCAACUGCGAUACGGAACUAUUCAUAUCCGUCGAUGACUUGAUGAAAGCAAUCGGCCCAGGGAUCGAAAACUUCAUCGAUAACAACCCGAACCAGUGUGGAUGCCAACAGCCCAGGUGUCAACCACCCCGCCAACAACCCUGCGGAUGUCAACAACAGUCCUGUGGAUGUCAACAGAAAUCCUGUGGAUGCCAAAAACCCUGUGGAUGUCAACAACAGUCCUGUGGAUGUCAACAGAAAUCCUGUGGAUGCCAACAACCCUGUGGAUGUCAACAACAAUCCUUUAGAUCUCAACAAUCCUGUGGAUGUCAACAACAACCAUAUGGAUGUCAACAACAGACCUUUAAAUCUCAACAACAAUCCUGCGGAUGUCAACAACAACCCUGCGGAUGUCAACAACAGUCCUGUGGAUGUCAACAACAACCCUGUGGAUGCCAACAACAACCCUGUGGAUGCCAACAACAAUCCUGUGGAUGUCAACAACAACCCUGCGGAUGUCAACAAUCCCAAAAAACAGUAUUCGCCGUAGGCCAGCCCACCUUCUCGAUUUCUGGCAUUAACCUAGGUGGCAGCCAAUGCGGAUGCCAACCUCAACCUCAAUGUGGAUGCCAAUCUGUCCAGAUCAGUCAACCAAACUGCGGAUGCCAACAGCCAUGUGGAUGCCAAUCCAUUCAGAUCCAACCUAACUGCGGAUGCCAACCCCAAUGUGGAUGCCAAUCCAUCCAGAUCCAACCAAGCUGCGGCUGCCAGCAGCAGAGUCUGUCCUUUUCUAACCCAUCUAUCUCCUUCCAACCCGUCUCUCAGCCUAAAUCUAAGCCUAAACCGAUCAAAACAGAGGUACCAAGCUGCAUAAUCCCAGCUGCUCUUUUAGAAGCCCCUCCAUACGGCAUUGUCUUCGCUGGCGACAACCUGCUCAUCGAAGGUCCGGUCCAGGUUAGCGGUAACAUGCCUUUCAACAGUAUCAUUGAGCUAGGUGGUGUGAUACCGUCUUCUGGAUCCGGUUGCGUUCAAUAUACUUGCGGAGAUUCGUGUUCUAUCUGCUAUUAAAUUAUAUCUUUUUAAAGUUUUGUAUAAACGGUUUAUGGAUCCUAAA